AUGUCUCAAGUUCGACUGGAAACUGAACCGUUGACUCCGAAACUCAUAGAAAAAGCCCGAAAAGAAUUGAGAGAAACUCCGGAGGAAAAGAAAAAAGCUUUGGAAACACUUAGACAAUUGCUUAAAAAUGAACCUGAUAUUUAUUUUUCCGACAGAGAGGAUAUUCUCAUAAAAUAUUUAAGACCCACGAAAUUUUAUCCCGACAGCGCACUGGCUUUGAUGAAAAGAAUAGCCGAAUUUAAAGAAAAGCAUAAAAAUUUACUCGAAGGUUUGAUGCCGGCGGAUUUGGAACGAGUGAUGAUGGAACACGACGGAGUAAACGUUCUCAUAAAUCGCGAUCAAGAUGGCCGUAGAAUAUUCGUCACAAACGUCGGUAAAAAAUGGGAUCCGAGCAAAGUGUCAAACGAUCAAGUAUUUCAAUUGUUUUACCUAAUACAUUUAGCAGCCAUGAUGGAACCAGCAACUCAAGUCAACGGCGUCGUCGUCAUAUUAGAUUUCGACGGAUUGGGAUUGAAACAAGUGGCAGCAUUGACUCCGACAUUUUCCCUCAGGCUUUUGAGUUUUAUACAGGAUGCCAUGCCUUUGCGACUCAAACAAGUACACAUUGUUAAACAACCAUUACUCUUUAACGCUGUUUGGAAAAUAUUUAAACCUAUAAUAAGAGAAAAACUUAACAAUCGAUUAUAUUUUCACGGGAACGACAUGAGCUCUCUACACAAAUACAUAAAUCCAAAUUGUUUACCUGAAGAAUAUGAGGGAUCUCUUCCCCCCACGAAUUACUCUUCAAAAGACUGGUACCCAAUUUUGAAAUCUUUAGAUUCCGUCAUCGAAGAACAAAAUACUUUUGGCUUGGUGAAAAAAUAA